AUGUCAAUGCCUGAUAUUCAUAACUGCUUAUAUGUAAGUAUAAUGUUAUUCUCAUAGUGUUGGUUUAUUUUAUCUAAUUAGCCAAUUUUUAUUUUAUAUAAUAAUUAAUUAUAAAAUGCUUCUGCUAGCUAAUAAACAGCUGUGAUCAAAAGAGUUCGACAUUUAUGGGCUGUAGCUAGACAGUUCUUUUUCAGCUCUCUUCGGAAAAUGUUCGCAUCAAAAAGAAAUACAAGAAGCUUGCAAAGCGUAAUGGCCAGUUAGAGAGGGAACUAAACGAACUGAAAGAACAAUUUCGGAACAACGAAUUCAUGCAGACUUUAACAAGAAGGUAACUUAUUUUAUUUUAUUUUAUUUUACUGGCCUCGCCAAAAAACAAACAAACAAACAAACAAACAGAAAGAACGUUGGUAGGGACACCGCAACAGCUGUGGCCAAUUACAGCGGGCCCUUUUUCUUGACUUGAGGUUAUUUUUAAAUUACAAAUACCAGUAGUCGUUGUAGCUACGUUGGAGGCCAUUUCGUUUAAUUUGCAAUAUACUUUUUAUCACGUUGUUUUUUGUAUACAUUGGAGGGGUAAGGGAUUUGUUCUGAUAAAAUUUUAAGUUUUUUGCACAGAUUCUGACAUUUUCUUUCCAAAGUGUUCAAGUUCAAACUGAUGACAGACACCCAAGAACAGCUGGCAUAGUGAGGAGGGUUCAGUCUGGUUCAGCCAUGCAACUGAAUCCAAACAGCAACAGAGGAAGAAAAGCAGUUGAUGAACAGUUUGAAAGUACAGCCAAGUUAGUUUGAAUCAAUAAAAUAAAAUGACUAAGUACAGGGGCGGAUUUAGGGGAGGGUGUAGGGGGUGCACACACACCCCCCUCCCUGAGAUGACCUGCGGUUUUCUAAUACAAUUGGUAUUCUGCAAAAAAAAAUGUGGUUUAUUGGUGUUGAAGUAACACAUGAGACGAAGUUGAAGAAUUUAUGCUAAAUGCCAUAAACAUGGUACACUGCAAUGAAACCUCUAUUAAGUGGACACCUUCGGGACCUUCCCAAGUGUCCGCUUACAUGUAAUAGAGGUUGUAAAAAUUGUGCAAUUUUUGUUAAUGAUCAACAUUCAACAGUUACUCUGUACUGUGAUAAAGUUGCAUGUUGUUAAAGAAGCUAUUCCGAGUUCAAAUUCAUUACCUUUCAUUACUAACUUUAAUUUGUUUUUAAAUGCAAAAACAUUAACUGACUUCAGUACGUAUUUCAAGGACGUGAUCCAAUACAACUAUUUUCAAUUCAGCCCAAUGUCCGCUUAAUAGAGGUUUUUAACAAUAGAAAUUAGCCAAAUACAACUUUUUCUAGGGUCCGUGCCGCUUAAUAGAGGUGUCCGCUGAAUAGGGGUUUGUUAUAAAGGGAAAUAUAUCAGACGUUAAUUUCGGGACCAGGUUUAGUGUCCGCUUAAUAGAGGGUGUCUGCUGAAUUGGGGGUCCACUUAAUAGAGUUUUCACUGUAGUUAAAAUGGUAGUUCCUUAGUAGUGCACCCACUCCUAAGUAAGAAAAAUCCUGGAUCCACCCCCAAAGUAAACUUCAAUAAGCAACUAAAUGAGUAUUACGGUGGAAAUCCAAAGUGCAGUUAUCAUCCUUAAAACUAGAGGGAGGGGGAUUUUCCCAGCCGUUGAAAGUAUAAGCCCUUGAAAAAGGAAAAGAAUACAAUGACAACUACACUAAAAAGGUUUGCUUGACUAAAAAAGUUUGCUUCGACUGCAACUUGAUUCACAGCUGAUACUGAGUUCUCACCCAAACAAAAGAUUUGCCCAUGUUACAGGCUACAAAAAUGACUCAGUCCUGAAAGUGAGGAUUCAAAGUGGAAAUUACAUCCAAGUUUCAAGACAAAGAUGAAAAAAUGCCCCUACAACAGACAAGAUCAUGACAGUUUUGAUAAAUUUCAAUAAAAAACACCAUAAAGGGCACUCAGUUUUAAUUUAUCUUUAAUUUCUUAAUUUAUAAUUCCAACAGAAUGUUGUCUAUGCAUAAUAAUCUGAUGAAGAGGUACCAAAAAGAACUAAAAACAAACACAGCUCAAGUGGAACAAAUUGCAACUCUAAGUGUGAGUGACAAAUAAACCUGAUACACAUGUAUUUGAUGAUAACCAUUUACAUCCUACAUGAGAAUAUUGAAUCGGAUUUUCAUGCACACACAGCUUGAAAAUAGAGACUUGGAAAAGAAACUCCAGAAUGCACAAAGAACAAUAGAAGGCCUACAGGGAGAGAAUGAGGCUCUCCAGACAAGGAUAAAUGCAGUGGGAAUUAAAGAAAGACUUACUCCCUCUAAGAGAGGUAGGAAAUGCAUAACAAUAUUUUAGUUGCAUAUCUCCUUUGAAGGAUAUAACACUUCACAUAAUUAUCAUGAUCAAUCCCAGUUAUUGGGAUUGAUCAUGUAAUGGGCCCACGUACAGUAACUGGCUCAUGCCCUGUUGCAAUAACUCUGCCAAGAAAUGGAAAAUCUAAAAUAUAUAUACAAUUUUGUUAAAAGAGUUUGACAGGGCUGACUGGCAGACAUAAUCUGCUAUGUCCAAAAUGAGAAUUUUUGCACCUUAAGUGGCCCCUGAUGGUUACAAUACACACAUCUGACACCUACCUGAAGAAGGUAAAGAAAAUAAGAGGUACAUGUCAUUACAAGCCCAUAUUGCCCAAUUUACCAGACCUUUUCCCAGUUUUAGGAACAUGGAGCAUUAGCAUGCAGUAGUUUAUUUACUAAAGUGAUAAUUUCCCAUGAUGGAAUGCUCCACAAUUAUAGGGUCACUCAGUUAUGCCUACCAGUAGUAUUUCUGUAAGACCAUUUAUAUCCAGGGUUGGAGAAAGACAAAUGAAUAUGAAGCAGAGUUUCUAGUUUAAGGGAACAGCCAAACAACAAAGCCUCCACAGUGAAAAAGGCAAUGAACUUAUAACAUAUUGUUCUCAUAAAGCUUUUUUUCUAAAUUUCAAUCUAUCAAGAUCUAAUGGCUGAUCUCCACAAGGUUUCAAAAGAAAGAGACAGACUUGCAAAAGAAAGGAAGAAGUUCAAAGGUACUUUAAUACAACAAAAACUUCUCAUUGUAGGUAGGAUUGACACAGGAAAACACUUCUCAGAUCUUAACACAUUUUCCACAGUAAAAAUUAGUCUGGAGAGUUAGCCUUCAUUGAAGUUCAUACCAGUAAAAUCCUGGAUUAAUAUGGAUCUGUUUAUUGUUUUCUUUACAGAUGAGCUCAAGAUGCUAGAUAGGGUAAGAGUUAAGAUAGCCUCCUUCGCAGCCAUUAUUAGGGUCAUCUCGCAGUGCUAGUGAGGAGGAGCAUUGCUUGAAAACCCUAAUAACAGCUGCAAAGGAGACUAGCAUUAAGAAUAGACGGUCAAAAUAUUUGACCUUAGAACCUGUGCCCAAAUAUCAACAUGGAAAUGUUCUGGUGUGUCUACUUCCUUGGUGUCAGCUGAUGCACAGUCUAAAGGAAACAGGACUAAAUACAGUUGAAUCCCGGUAACUCGAACCCUCUCUAACUCGAACCUUCCAAUAACUCGAAGCAAUUUACAUUUCCCUUCAAAUCGCUUUCUAUAUAAUUUUACCCUCGAUAACUCGAACUCUGGGUAACUCGAACUGUUUUCUCUUUCCCUUGAAGGUUCGAAUUAUCGGGAGUUGACUGUAUCUACACACAGUCUAAGGCUGAUGUUUUUUGCAUUGUACAGGGAUUCUUUGAGGAGAUAGAGGAUUAUAGAGGAUUUAAAGUACGCUCUUCAGCAGGCAGCUAGAUUGAACACUGCCUAUGAAAAAGCUCUGAAGAAGCUCUGUUCACAGUCUGGGAUGCCCUUCCCAAAAAUUACUGCCACAACACCAAAACAACACCAGAGGAAGAGAACAAGAUCACAGGCCAGAGAAUUCAAAUAG